AUAUUGCAAAUAUUAUAAUAUGUUACAUCUGUUUCUUAAAAAGGCUCCAAAAUAAUAGCAAAAUAUUUUUCUUAAUAUUAUAGUUUAUUUUACAUAAGAAAACCAACCAUAAUUCAUUAGAAAGGCUCCAAAAUAAUAGGAUAUUUAUUAUAAUUUGUUACUAAUUUGCAACUAGUUGUUAGAAGUUGUUGCUCUUUGGUCUCACAAAUUUGGCUCCAAAAAAUUAUCCCUAAAUUUUGGCUAAUUUACAUUAACCCGCCUAAUGUUUAGAGAGUAAAUAUUUUACCCACCCUAGUACGACUACGUUUAAUACAUUUAUAUUAAGAAACCCUUAAUCAACGCCCCUUUCUUCUAACCUAAUCUCUACUCACACAAAGGUCACGAUGUCUGGAAUUGGUAGAUCAGUGAAAGGUCGCAGUGGUGGUCGUGGUGCGAGUCACGGUGGUGGUCGUGGUGCCACUCGUGGUGGGAGUCAAGCUGCUGGCGUUUGUAGCUCUUCCGGAAGAAUUUACUUCGCCUCGAACCCUAGCACUUCUAAUUUCAGAGACUCGGUGUCUGCUCCGGAGAAUUCACCGCCGUCAGAGACUCUGCGUCAGUCCCCACCCGUGUCUGCUUCUUCACCGACUCGUGAUGGUUCUUCUUCCCCGACGGAACAGCACCCGCAUCAAACUCAAAACCCACAUUCUCCUCCCCCUCAAAAUUCGAUGACUUUGGAUGACCUGCUUGCAAUUCCUGGACGUGAAAAUCAUCUUCCAGUCUUAUCUCUAGUUCCAAAAGAGGGAAGUACUUGGUUUGAUCGUGAUGGUGGGAAGCUGACUCGAAAAAUCUCAAAGCUCUUGAAAGCUAAGUUUGAUGAUGCGUAUUACUGCUGGACAGUAACGCCUCCUGACAUCCAACGUCGCUAUUUUGAAGACUUUGCGCAAGGACACCACUGGGAUCGCUCGAUCACCACACUUGUACGAGAUGAGUUUGAAAUCAUCUGUCUUAAUCGGAUGAAAGGAAUGGUGUGUCAAGCAAAGAGGAAAGGCAUACGACCAGCUUGGAUUGGAGAUACAUUGUGGAAAAAAAUGUGCGCUUACUGGGCCACUGAUGCAGCCAAGAAAAAGAGUGAAACCGCAUCAAACAGUAGGAACUCUGACCGUGGUGGACUUGGGCCAUUCAAGCACUUCGCAGGACAAAUGUCCUUCUUACGUAUUCAGCAAAAUAUGGAACCAGAAUUGGGCAGAUCUGUCAGUAUUGGAGAAGUGUUUUUAAAGACUCAUACUAAGGCUGAUGGGACAUUUAGUGAUCUGAAGGCUGAGCAGAUCGCCCAAGCUUAUGAAAAGAAAUUAGAUGAGAAGAUGUCCCAGGUUGAACAAGACGUGUGUGUGAAUGGUGGUGAUAGUUCUUACAUUCCUGAGCUUUCACCAACUGAAAUGAAUGAGAUCUUUCUUGAGACUACUACUUUGGAUAUGAGAGGACAUGAGUAUGGACUUGGUAGCCUUCUUCCACUAUAUGGCAACAAAAAGAGAAAAGGAGGUCCUGGAACUUCAACUUCUUCUGCAUUUGCACACUUGCAACAACAACUUGAAGCUUCUCAACGUCUAAUUGAAGAGCAAGCAGCGGCAAAUACUCGACGUGAUGCUGAAACCGCAGCAGCCAAUGCUCGACGUGAUGCUGAAACAGCAGCUCGAGAUGCAGAGCAUCAAAGCCAGAUCAAUACUUUGAAGAUGCUGCUCACCUAUAUGCAAGGUAAAGACCCAUCAUUCUCGGAGUUUAUGAUCGCAGCGUCUGCAUCUGCGACAACUACUCCUAUGCCAUAAGUAGUUAAUAAGUUCUUUUUUGGUUGGCAAAGAUAAGUAGUUUAUGAUUUCUUUUUUUGGUUGGCAAAGAUAAGUAGUUUAUGAUUUCUUUUUUUGGUUGCCAAUGAUAAGUAGUUCAUAACUCCUUUUUGGGUUGGCAAAGAUAAGUAGUUGCCAUUUGUAUAAAACAAAAAUCUUAAGUAUUUUGUAUUUUAAAGUUUAAGGAAUUCAAUGGA